AUGGCCCCAACCAAGGAAUUCGACCCUCCACGAGACGAGGAGCUUCUACCGAGUGUUCCUCUUCCUGAGUUGAUCACCUAUAUUCUACCGGAUUUCUCGGCCUUCAAGCAUUUCCAGCGGGAUUUCGAACAACUGAAUGAGUUCCAUUUGAUCGAGUACACCAAAACCACAGGAUUCGAUAUAUAUUUGGUGGAACAAUGGGUCAACAACCGCCUGAUAGGUUCUCUCAUAUCCACUUACACGGGAAAUACCAAUAACGAGGUCCGGGUCGUUAAACUCACGGUGGUCAAAAAACCGUCUAAAUUUUACCCUAUACGAUUCCAAGAAUAUUUGAGUGAACUAGUCACAAACCAUGCAAAACUUAAACAGAUGAACUUGCCACCCGAAGAUAGUGAAAAUCAAGAGAGCGAAGUCAGGAAUCCUUCGGUCGGUGGAAGCAAUGAAGAGUAUUUGUUCAUCACCAAUAUCACUUCCUUACCAUCACAUUUGAGUUUAAUCCCUAUAUUGGGAGGUGAUAUUAGAGUCGUGGAAGAUGAAUUUGUGGUGAACUCUAACUUGAAGAGACUCCGGUGCAGUGGAAGAUCUAUUUCCUUGAUCACCCCCAAGAUCUCUGAUGCCAAUGAAGACAAAUUCAGACGGAUGUACCGAAUCUAUAACUUGAACGUUCCCAUUAAGUUUGCGGUUAGAGAAUUGAUCAACAUUAUCCAAACGUGUUUGUUUUAUUUCGAUCUUUUGGAUGCCCGGUACUGUGAUGGGCUAUUAUGCAACAAGACUGAAGAAGCCAUAAUAAAUUGGUGGAAUUUGAUAGGUUUACCGCAUUUCAACAUCAGACCUAACCACAGCGAUGGUAUUUUGCCUUCACGUACAGUGGCGGCCAUUAUCAGUUUGACCAUAAGCAUCAAGAUUCGACUUCAAAUUUUUGGUGGCUGUGACGUACCAAAAGAUCCCUUUGACUUUGAAAACUUUAUGAUCUCCAUUGGCGAAUUCCAAAGACAAGUUAAGUUGGAGAAGAAGAGAAAGUUGGAUAUUGAAACUCUAGGUAAACUUUUCUACAUCACCAGCCAAAAGAUAAAUCCCGACAGAGAAAAGCACAAAAUUGAUUACGAAGCUGGAGAUAUUUCCAUCGAAAAUAUCAGCACUAAUUCUUUUGCAACUGGGGCAAUCUUUCCCUCGACUCCCCAGAAGAAAAACAAGAGCUACACCAAAGAAAUCAGAAAAUUGACGAGUGCUGUGAAAAACACCGUCCAAGAUAGAAUCUCUACUGUUAAUAAGCCUGAUGACGGGAUAAAGACUGAAGCUUCCCCCAACAAGACUUCGGGAAGAUUGAGAGAACGGUUAGCCAAGCUUGGUGAAUCAAGUAAUCCAUCUGAAGUUGAAACCUUGAACUUGGAAUUGUUGGUCAAUAAUCAUUUGGUUGGCAGAACUUUAAAAAGAUUAUGGUAUGGGUUGAGUGAACAUAAAACGGACGCUUCAUUGUUGUUGGAUAAAGAUCCCCUGGUGAGAAAAGAUUUGUUGACAAGUCCUCGGCUUACUUCUGUUCGUUCUUUUGAUCACCAUUCUCAUCACCCAACCAGCCCCACUCAAAUGACUCGUCCACAAAGUCCACCAAACCAUGGUCAUGGUUCACAUCAUCAUUCCCAUUUGGAUCCCCAUGGGAGCCAUCAUCACAGCACAAACAAGCUUUAUAAGUUUGUUAGUUUGAGAGAUUCGAUUGCUAAUACCCAGAAGAUAUACUAUGAAACCUCUAGGUAUUCAAGAGGUCUCAACCGGAUGAAGCUUGGCUUACAAAGAAAUUUAUUACUUCCUCAGCAAAAGAAGCUUUAUCCUAACGCUUCAGCAUUGAGAAGAUCACAUACCCAGAAAUUUAAUCCCAACUUGAUCAAUUCUUUGUCCACUGUGGAUGCAUUAUUGAAGAUCCCAUCCGAUAAUUCAGAUGAUGCUAAGAAACCUAACUUCAUCAUUAAGGAACAACCCCCCAAAAAGUGUUCAGCACCUAACUCUCAGGACAUCAUUGUUAGGUUUGACAAGGGAUUGAACAGAAGAAAUUCGUUCCCCUUUGUUCAAGAUCUGGGGGAAACUAAUUUAAACUUGUUGGAGUUGACAUACGAAGGAGGUGCGGAGAUCUGCAAGAAGUCGACUUUAGUGAGGCGCCAUAGCCAUUCGAUUCUUCAAGAAUACGACUCUGAUUUGAUCACUUUAGAAAAGGUUUCGGUCAAUUACUUGAAUGAUAUGAAGUGUUUGAUAGAGUCUGACAUUUACAAAAAAAGCCUUCAAGAGGAAAAUUCUGGUAUGAAUAACCUGACUCUUGAAAAGAAGUAUAAGAAUUUGGACAGUGAUCUUCAGAAGUUGAAGUCAAAUAACAAGCAGUUGUGCACUAGUAAAGCCAAACUACACAAUGAAGAUUUACCAAGUGUAAUUGAGGCAAACAUGAGAAAUCUUUCUCCUAACAUUGACAGACUCGUAUAUGAGUCAAGAAUCAUUAUCAAACGGAUCAAUGAACUCGAACAAAACUCCAAAAUAUUAAAAGCAAAAUCUAAAGAUCAAAGUUACACCAAGAUAAAUAAUAUCGUCAACGACUUGAUUUACCUGCACCGGUUUCACCGAGUAUUCAAAAACCAAGAAGAGAGAACAGAAAUUUUACUCAAACUAACCGGGGGCAAUGAAGAAAUGGUCCAAAUGGUUGAACGUGAAAUAAACCAUGAAGAAGAAUCAGCAGGAUUCUUUCGAAUCUUUGUGAUGUUCUUGUGGGAAAUGAUCAUUUUGAUAUUUCAGCUAUUCAAGUUUGAUAGGUCAAAGAUGAAUCUUGAUAGAAUCAGGCAAACUUGGGUAAAGCUUGAUCCUAAUAGGAAAUAUAUUAAUAGGGCAUACGAAUUCGUGGGGUAUGAACCUACUGGAUCCAGUGAAAGCGGAUCUCGAAGUUCAAGGAGAGGAUCUACUUUCAGCUCCUCUGGUACCGUCAACGAAGACUAAAAAAGGGCAUAGCAUUGUAGAUAUAGGUGAAUAAUUCUACAGACAUUAAUACAAAGGCAACGUAAUAAUUCAUGAACUAACAAAAGUAUGAUGUAUCUGGUUGAGUUUCUGUAUGAUUUGAUUUAGGUUCUCUUGAUAUUCAGUUGACAGGAGGAUUUCGUAGUUCUGUUCGAUUUGCUUGCGUAAUUGCUCCAUUAACAACUCCACACUUUGAAGAUUUUUCUUCAUCUCCACGUUGUUGAUAUGUAAGGACAAAAUGUUCAGCUUCAAAAAGUCAUCCACAUAGUGAACAACUCGGUUAUUGAUUGCCGUAUAAUCAUCUUUGGUGAUUUUAGGCUUAUUUUCCAUGUACUCCUUCACGCUGUACACCAUUUCGGAAUUAUGAUUGACCAACUCGGAAAUCUUCUGUCGUAUAUACUCCUGUUUCUGAAUAUCCAUAACCAAUUGCAGCCUUUGUACUUCGAGGUUUCGAAUCAUUUGCGUUUCGGCAUCAACUGAAGUCUGUGACUGGGAGUUUCCGUUCCCAUUAAUUGUUCUAACCUCUCUCAAAAACCCCGGGAGUUCGUUCUCUGGAACCAAUUUUUUCGACAAACGUUCCAAGGUUUCCACCUGUGUGGUGGUAUCCAGGAGCUGUGUGGCCAAGUUGGAGAUCAAGUCGCCCAACUUCAGGCCGAUAUCGCCAAAUUCCUCCAUGAGUAGCCUCUUCCGUCAAUAGCUAUGGGGCGC